AUGGGUGCGACUUAUGGAGUUAGUCAUUCUGGUCAACUCAAGAUUCUUGAAGUUGCAAAUUCUCUCGAGGGGUUAGAUCCAAAUGCAGUAUCAAGGAAAAAAUUGGAUGAACUUAUCGGAUUCAGGGAUUGGCUGAGGUAUUUGCUGUUAGCUGAAUCACACCAUAUUUCUGCAAUAGAUGAGCUUUACUUCCUAGAUUUUUUUGACGUGCAUGGCAAGGUUCCUCUUCAACUCAACUACAAUCAAUUGGUGAAGAAAUUGACCAAUCAUCAUCUCCUCUUUAGCCCAAGCUCAAGAGUUAGGUAUUGCUUUGAGGUUUACCAAGCUUAUGAAAAUGACUCUUUGGAAAAUAGUGUCUUCGAACAAUUUAUAUCCUCACAGCCCUCUCAACAAAGUCAGAGGUGGAAGCGGAAAUUCAAACAUUUUAAGGGUUGA